AUGGUGGACACCUUCGGGGUGGACUUGUACUCGGUGUGCCUCGGCAAGAAGCCGGGCUCGGACGGCUACCUGGUCUGGAGCGAUACGGCGCCGCUGGUCAAGCCCGAGUACUUCAAGCGCGUGCAGGUCGUCGGCAAGCACACGUGGAGCGUCAGGAUGACCGAGCCCAGAUUUGCGCAUGAUCCGGCGUCCACGAACAGAAAGUACGACGGUUGGAAGCUCGGCUGCAAGGAUGGGUGCGGGGCGUUGCUGGAUAGCGGCACGUCGCUCAUCGCGAUACCGGGACAAACGGUCAACGAUUUUGUCUCGGUCACCCUCGAGCCAUGGUUCGAUUGCACCAAUUUGACAGAAUUGCCGUCGUUCAGGUUCAAGCUUGGCGGCCAGGAGCUCAUCUUGCCGCCCGACGCAAUUUUCUCCUACGUGACCGACUCCCCGGUGCCGGGGUACCUCCAGAGCUUCGUCCGCAUGCGUAAACUCAGGGUCCCGAGCCACAGACAGCCAGGCGGCCACUGCGAGCUCAUGAUCAUGGAGUCGGGGGCGAGCAGUGCCCAGGGCCCUCUGUGGAUCCUGGGCGUGCCCUUCUUCAGGCAGUACUACACCACCUUCGAGGUCGGGGGCCACAGCAACGAGAGGCGUGCCGUGCACUUCGCCAGGGCCUCCGACGCGUGCACGCCCUCCGCCUCGGAGGGCUUCGACCAGUUCGUGCCGAAGACACAGCUCUACAGCCGCCUCAUCUGA